AUGAGCUCGAAUCAGACACCUCAAAAUCGAAAUAGAGGUGGCGAUGAUUCAUAUAAUCCACGACUACAGCAACAGCUGUCACAAAUACCAUCCAAUGAACCAGAGCAGGGCUCGAAUAGAGAUUUAGAUCAGAGCCAAGAGCAAAAACAGGACCGUGAGCACCAACAGGCGCAGCAGGAGCAGCAGCAACAGCAUCAGCAACAGCAUCAGCAACAUCAGUUUCAACAGUCAAACUUGACACCUUCAACAACUGCUUUUCCAAGUUCAACAUCAAUACCCAUUUUUGCAAAGGAAGAACAGGGAUACCCUAAUCAAUUUAGUUCUCCACAGAGUAGUUACCGAAAGAUGGGAAAUUUUACUCAAACUUCAAAUGCACAAUUUCUUAACGAACCACAGACAACCUAUGCCACUAAUUAUCAAGAGAAUGUACCUCUGCAGUCACAGUUCCAAUUUGAUUAUUCGGGUUCUUAUGUUGGACGGUCACAGACACAGCCUCAAACAUAUCAGCCACAACCACAAUCAUAUCAACAACUACCUCAUUAUUCACUGUCAUCAGUAACCCUGCUACCCCCUACUUAUCAAGCUUUCCAUUCAAUGCAAGAGGCAUCUUCUGGACACGAUGAUUCUUCAACCACUAUUACUUCACCACAAAAAAGGAAAAAACAAAGACGACUGGAAUCCGUAACAUCAAGCACAGGCGAAAACGAAUUAAAACAAUUAGCAAUACGAUCGUCUCAUAUACCACUUUCAGAAUUAGCACAAAAGGUAAAACAAUUGGAGAAUGAUAAUACCACUACCAACGUUAGUUUAGAACAAUCAAAAUUGAAGGAAAAUAAAGAAACUCAACGACAGUUGUUUGGGAUGGUGUGGCUAUUAAAUUCGUGUGACUUGGCCCCAACUGCUGUUAUCCCUCGAAAUAGAAUAUACGCCAGAUAUGUACAAGUAUGUGCUGACAACAGUUUAGCGCCAGUUUCACCAGCCAGCUUUGGGAAGCUAGUAAAGAUAUUAUAUCCAAACAUCACAACAAGAAGAUUGGGUAUGCGAGGACAAUCGAAAUAUCAUUAUUGUGGCAUUAAAUUAACUGGUGAUGAAAACAUGCAGCUGCAACUAUUGAGCUUCCAACAGAAACAAAAGCACCAAAGUCAGGAACAGUAUAAACAACACGAGCAAGUAGGAUCGAGCACAUCACUGGCUGGACUCACUGGUCACCAAUCACCAACGUCGUCCUGUAACUCAUCAGUUUCGUAUGAGGAAUCACCAGGACCUAUAUCGAGGCCCCACACUCCGUCAUUUUCUCCAAUAAAUACACCAACAAUAUUACUGUCAAAAUCUUUGAAUGAUCAACUUCCACUGGUUCUGCACAUGAAAUUUAUUCCCAAUUUGUUUCAUUUGCUAAAUAGUAAUGUGGCACCGAGCUCUAAUCCCCACGAGCCAAUACAGUUACCCUCGAUCUAUCCAUAUUUAUCAAAAGGUGCCGAUUAUGAUAUUGCCGAUACAUUAUAUUCUUUGUAUAAAGUCCAUGUGAAUUCGCUUUUUGAAGCACUUCGAUAUAUGCAGUUGAAAAAGCUAUUUUCCAGCUUUAACACAUUUAAUAAUAUAUUGACUGCACCUGUUUUGAAACUUUACACAACGGACUGUAUAGCAGAAUGGGUAAUGAAAUGUGAUUUGAUCAUGUAUAAGAAAAUGAUCCGAAUGUUGAGUAAGCUACAAUUGCAACUUUUGAUACCACAAGAGCAGUUAUUCCAAUUGAAGCAAAUUGCCGAUGGAUAUAUAAAAACUUUAUCUACUUCGUUAAUCAAUUCUAAAGUAUCACCAAAUUUUGUUAUGAUGAAAUUGAAGUUGGCGAAACAUUUCGUUAAUUUGUUGAAUAGAUUAAUUAAAGUUAUUGAGACUGGGCAACCAGCAUCUAGAAUAUUGAAUGACGAUAAUGAAAAGAAUGCCAUGACCCAGGAUUGGAUGAAAUUAGAUGUUCAUGGAAUAAUUUGUCGUGAGAUGCCCUGUAGUGAUAGCAAUAUUGACACGUUAACCUAUAUCUUAACUGGUGAGGUUGUUAACUUGAUAAAAGUGAAAUUGGACAAUGAACAAUCCCCAACCAUGAAUGAUUUUGCAAAUUAUAUUUCCAAUUUACCUUCAAGAUUUCCUGAAGUGAACACAAGACUAUUUUUGUUAUUAGCAUCAAACUUGUUAACCACUUGCUUAAGGGAAAUCAGCUUACUGGGCGGAGAAGGUUUUGGGGCUUGGUGGAUUGUUAGAUGUUGGAUAGAUGAAUAUUUGGCUUGGUCUUUUGAAGUUGGUGGGUUUUUCCAAGAAGACUUGCAAGACAUUGUAGCUCAGCAACAAUUAAAUGUCCAACUACCUCCGUCAUCAUCAUUAUCCCAAACCCAACAACAGAAUCCAGUUAUACAAGAAGAGACAGGCACACAGGAAGAAUCGUUGGGUAACAUUGACUUAUUAGAGACAUCAUUUGAUUUUGACACAAAGGUAUCUCAACAAUAUCAACAACCAAGUCAUACCGAAUCUCUAUUGAAUUUUGAAACAAAUAUUGAUAAUUUAUUAAAUUGA